AUGUCCGAUAUUAACGGUUCGCCGCCGGCUGAGGAAAGGAAUGGGGUAGUUAAGGACCGUAGUUGGGUUCCCCAGAAUGGAGAAGAUGCAUACAGCAUUCAGGGCGCGAUGGACAAAGCGGAACAGGAACCACAGAACGAAGACGCUUUCAAGUUGGGGAAUGGCCUGGCGACGAGACAACGGGGAGGGGGGCCCCGUUUGUCUGCGUUGAUCGGGAUUCUUCUGGCAGGCUUCGUCGCUGCCAUGCUGUCUGGUGUGCUGCUUCUUCCUGUGCGGCGUCAGCAGCACCGCCGCUCGCUAGCCGAAGCCUGGGCGAGUGUAACCCCUCACGACGAGCCCUGGGCUUUACCUUCGGUAUCCGAGGCUGAGAGCCAAUCCACCCCCAGCCUUGUGUACGGCAAAGAGGAAAUAGCAGCAGCGGUUGGGGAAAGGGAGGUACAUGACUUCCCCCCGCGGGGGUCCCUCGGUCAGGAGAUGCUGGGUGCCCUAGGGGAUAAGGUCUCGAAGGGGAAGAGAAGCAGCUUGUUGGGGGCGAUUAUCAGGUUGAAGAAUAUACAGAAGUUGGGCUCAAAUGAAGUGGAUAAAGAGGGGGGUGAAUUCUACGUUAACAAGUACAUGGGUGAAAACACCACGUGUGUGUUUGUGGAGGUAGUUCAAGUAGCAACCCUAAAGAGAUAUGCAAUGCGGUUGCAGAGUCUACCCCCGACGGUAGGAGGAGAAACUGUCAGUCCUCAGUUGGCUAAAGCGAUUCACCAGGAAUCGAUAGUUGCCUCCACCACAGCGAUGCUGGAGGCGGUGGGAAAUGCCCCGCUGGAUAAAGCGGCGGAGGAGAGGGGUCUUGCUUUGGCAGAAAGUGUUGCAACUAUCGCUAAUGUGGAUGAGCCCGUGCGGUGCAGCAGAGUGUAUGCAUCCGGCGACGUGCAGCUGAUGGAGUUAUUCUACGGGAAUCUGGAAGACGUUUUCACCUCCGAGACGCAGCUGUCGAUGGAUGCAAAGUUGUACGCCGCGAGGAGAGUGCUGCAUCAGUUGCUGCUGUUGCAGAGUGCUGGGGUCAGCACCAACAAUCUGAAACUCGAAACCAUGUACAUGCAGAAGGACGGAUCCUUCUUCUUCGGUGGUUUUGAUGAAACUUCCCGCAUAGGCGAUGUACUUGGCAGAGUAGGAGGGGGAGCAUCCCGCGAUGCAAAGAACAAGAUGCUGCUGGCUGUGAGGGAGGCGUUGUCUAGGCCUGAAGCUCGUCAUGCGCACAGCAAAUUGGACAUGUGGGACUUGGGAGUUUGCCUGUACAGAAUAUUCACUGACGGGAGCAUGCCCUUCGACCUGGACAAACGGUCGUCUUCUCGGAGCGUUCUUCCCAUCUUGCAGGAGGAGCAACUACGCGGCAGUGACCUCAGGGAGCAACUGUUUAUGGCCGGUGUGCCUCAUAGGUGGGCAACCUUGAUCAUGCGGCUGCUCGAGCCAGACAGCAGACAAAGAAUCGACGCGCAAACCGUUGUAAUGCAUUUCCCGGACCUUUUGAGGGGAUAA